GUCAGGGCGCGCGCCUUCUUACCCGCAGCUUACAUGGCGGCUGCCGGCGGAGGUCCCGGACUCGGGGCGACCCCGGUUCUGGAGGCUGCAACUCUGCAGAAACUCGCGCUGCGGCGGAAGAAGGUGCUGAGCGCCGAGGAGAUGGAGCUGUAUGAGCUGGCGCAGGCGGCUGGCGCCGCCAUGGAUCCCGACGUGUUCAAGAUCCUGGUGGACCUGCUGAAUCUGAACGUGGCCCCUCUCGCCGUCUUCCAGAUGCUCAAGUCCAUGUGUGCCGGGCAGAGGCUGGCAAGCGAUCCCCAGGACCCUUUGGCUUUGUCUCUGCCCACGUCGGGCGUGUCGGAGACCCGAGAGGCCUCCUUUCUCUCUGCCAGGAACAGUAGCCCCCCUGCAAGGUCCUCAUUUUCCUCUGCCCUGCGGCCUACGGCCUCUCCGGUUCUGCUCCACGGCCCAGCUGCCACGCACUCGCCUCUCUCUCCAGGGCCCCCCGCUUCCCUCCGGUUCUCUUGCUGCUUGUUCUCUCCUUUUGCAGGAAGAAACAAAGGCGGCCCUACUCUCAGUGGAGCACCUACACUGGCAGAACGUGGAAGCCGGGAAGGAUCCAGCCAAAGGAUGCCCCGCCAACCCAGUGCCACAAGGCUGCCCAAGGGAGGCGGCCCUGGGAAGAGCACCUCUAGGAGCAGCACGUAGGAAGAGAACAGACUGCAUUGCCAGCGUGCUAGAACCAUUGUUCUCCCAGCAAAAGCUGUGUGCCAUCUCCUUCCACUAAGUCUCUCUAAAAAGCUGAGAAUCAAAAUCAUUGUUCUCCCCACAAGAAAAUAUCAGAAAUAAGUUUAAAACGAUGUAAACAUUUAUACCUCACACACAAUUUAUUUUAGUAGGUAUCUUUUUGACUUUAAAGGCGUCUUUUAUUCUACUUUAUUAGGGCUAUUUUAUUUUUAAAAUUAUAGGAUAGAUAGUAUAUGACAUGGUCUCCCAAAACUUCUUUACAACUCGGUCCUUAUAAUACAUUAUAAACUAAAUCUGUCCCUUUUUAGGUCUUACAGCUACAGUAGCACAUGCCACCACACAAAAAAUUUUUAUUGAAAUGAGCCACUAGACUAAAAGUUCUGUUCAAACACCAAAAUUGUCCUAUAUUUUCUCCAUGUAUCAGCCCUCUGGGUCAACAAAACACCUAUAAACAUUGAUUUCAUUUAAAUUGAUUUGAAUAUAUAAAUAUUGCAAUCUCAUGAUAACUUUUAUGGACAAGAGAACUGUGGAAAUAGUAAUAAUGCAUGUGUAAUUCUUGGAUUUCAUUUGUACCUAUUUUGUCAUCACACCCAUUCUCCUUCAUUCCAAAGUGCAUGGCUCCAGCUUUCAUUCUUAUCCUCAGUCCAUGUCAUCCCACACAAGAAACUUUUUUUUUCAAUUUACAUGUAAGAAUUUUAACCAUGAGGAUCAGAGGGAAGUUUCAAUAAUAAAGUGUUAAGGAAAAAAAAUCAAA